AUGGAGCGGGCACGGCUCGUGACCAUCGUUUUGCUGCUGAUUGCUCUACUAUUUCUCAUCGCUGGCGCAAUUAUGCUUGGAAUCGGGAUUCACAAGGCUAAACAAAAAAAAGAUGAUUGCAAGAAUCAUGUUGAAGUAUGCGACGCAAGUGACAUUGGGAGUAUUCUCCAUUUCUCGGUGGAUCCUGGAAUUCCCUGGGAUGACACUUACAAUGAUCUCAACGCACCGGCAACUCAAUCAGCUAUAGCGAAUUUUUCGACAAAUAUCACAAAUGUAUUGAAUAGUGGAGUGGCUUCAUCACUGAAAGCACAAGAGCUGCCACAACUCCUUCGUUUCUCGAAUUUCGCAAUCAAUUCAAAGCUCUUAGUCGUUUCGCCCGAUUAUCUCGUUCCAUCACUUAACAGCACUACAAUGUUUUACGGAACACUCAUCUUUACCUCAAAAGUUGAUCCAAAAGACGUGCAAAGUGCUCUCACGUCGGCCGGAUGGAAAGCGCUUGUGCAAAACUCAUCCCGCGAUUUCUGUGACAACAUUUCGCCAACACCCGACCCACCACCGAUUGGAGAUUUCUCGUGCGAUCCAAGAAACCCGUCACGAACGGUGAUCGUCAUGGUGGAUGUUGCGUUGCCGAUGGACCCAUUGACUUCAGAAAAAGACAAACUUCAAGCGAUCCAAUCCUACUUGUCAACUUUGUCCCUACCAAAUGACACUGAUUGGGGCAAUUUCCAAAUGGGUGUCGGGGUUUUCUAUGGAAGCAACGCUUUUCUCAUUAACAAUUGGUUAUGCGGCAAUCAGAGUUGCCUCAAUGAUGCGAUCUCAAAAAUCGCUAUCAACACCACUUCACAAAGCCACAAUAUAACAAGAGCCUAUGAGUUUGUUCGUGACGAAUUCUCGAGCAUUCAUCAACAAUUGGGACCCGGAAGAGCAAGGACACUGACGAUUUUGACAGAUGGAUUUGAAUACGACAACGGAUUUGGUGAGAAUCGGAGUCGAAGUCUCGUCGAGGCUGUUUCGCAGACUUUCUACACAUCAACGAUUUUGAUUAGCAAUGCUCGUUCCGUUCGAUCCACUUACGCUCAAAUUGUCCCGUCGGGAUAUCAAUUUGUCGCCGUUGAUCACUGGUAUCAAUUGGGAUUGGCUGAUAUUCGAGCGAGAAACUUGUGGUGGAUUUGUUUAGCCGUUCCCGUCACAACACCACCACCAGUUCACACACCGCCAACUUGGGCUCCAAUCACGGUCACAACGACACCAUUUGCUCGACCGACUCUUCCAACUACACCCACUGGACCACCAAUACUGCCCGAGAAAUGCAAAGCUCUUCAAGUCCUUUUCCUCAUCGACAUGUCGCAAAGUAUCGAUGCUGGAUUUAACAAUCUCACAUCGUUCAUCCGUUCCUUCAUCGAACAAACAAGGAGAGCUGAAAACGCUAGAUAUGGCUAUAUUUCCUUUAACACAAAGGUUCAAGAGAACUCGGGCGCUUUGCGAGGAGUAAACGAUUUCUUGACCUAUUUGGGUACAACAAAGUACACGAAUGGGUACACGAAUUACACGAUUGGAUUCGACGCGAUGAACGACUUUUCCAGCAACUUUGACGCCAAUUCUCCCAGAGCUGUGGUUUUUAUCACUCCUGGAAAUCCUAACGAUAUGGAAGAAGCGGCAAAAAUCAACUCCGUGAAAGCAAUUGUUGAAUCGUUUAGAAAACAAGGAAUUCAGAUCAUCGCCUCAUUAGUGCUCCCAGAUGAAGGAAAAAAGGCAAUGCUACAAAAUAUUUUGCUUUUGAAUGAAAAUUUCGAUGGAGAAGCCAAUCUUUUGACAACAGCUACUUACAAUUCACUUGUCGCCACCGCUCCAUUAACUGCAAGAACAUUGACUUGUCGAGCAACCACUGAUGCGAUGUGCAAUCUGGAUAUCGUUUUCCUCGUCGAAGACUCUGAAGUGGUCGGAAAUCGGAAAGGGCAACUCUUCGCAAAAGGAGCCAUGCUUUCUUAUGUCAAUAAAGCCCAAGAAUACAUUGGGAAAUUCACCGAUCGAGUCGCUCUCGCCUACUACUCGAAUCCUGAUGAUCGUCCUCAUACUUGGCCCGAUCGAACAGGGAUUGCUUUCAAUUUCUCGCAAGAGAUCUCCUAUAUUCCGUCACUUCUGGAGUCAGAGAUCAGACGAACAAUUCCUGAAGUACCACCGGGGAGUUACAGUGAUAUUGCGCUUGGCCUCCAACUGGCUCGUUCGCUUUUCGGCGCUUCACCGACGUCAAACGGUCAAGUGGUGAUCAUUUUUGGGCGUGGAACAUAUAUCCAAGAAGAUCAAAAGUGUUGCGACGAGCCGUUCAACAUCUCGACAGCGAUGCUCGAUCAAGGGAUUAUAAUGAAAGGUGCCACUGUUGGUUCGGGAAAAAGCGAAGCAUUGAUGGAACAAAUCACUGGACGACCAACUUUUGAGGUUCCCGAUUAUAACAUCAAUUUCGCCGAACAGGCCGGAGCUGAGCUUGUCGAUCAAAUGUGGGAUUUCAGAAAGGAAGCGAGCCGCGAGAGUAACUGUUUGCAGCCACAAAUUGAAAUCUUCUGCCCCGAUCCAGCCGACAUUGUUCUGAUCAUUCAAAUGCCAUCAAAAGAUCAAGAAAAUCUCUUCAAUACUAUCAAAAACUUCACUGCUAAUGCUCUACUCGCAGCUUUUGAAGGGUUAAAUUAUGGUGGAGUUGAAAAGUUGACAAGACUGGCUAUUGUGACUUAUUCCGGUGAAAAUGCGGAAUUGAUUCAAAGUUUACCUGCGAGUUUCAACCUUUCGACAGCUUACACAGCAUUGGAGAAUCUUGAAUUAACAGCUAGAGUUGAUGGGCCAGACUAUUUGUCGUCAGCUUUUGGAGAAGCGAUCAAACAACUUACGACAUUCGGUCGGCCAUACGCCUCUUGGUCGACCAUUGUGAUAGCUGGGAGUUUGGAUGCUGAAGAUGUUGAAAAUGCAACGAAUGUCUCUCUACACAUGACUCAAACUGGGAUUUACAACUUUGCUAUUGGAACAUCUGAUGAUGAGGCGUUGUUUGUUGGAUUGAGAGAGAUAAUGCAAAGAUAUACGCUAAUCGAUGGAACGUUAUUGGAUCCGCCAGAAGGAGUCCCAGCCGUUUACACAGCGAACGAGAUUCGGGAUAACGUUUGUGCGCAUUACCCGGGAGAAGGGAUUCCAACUGAUCCACCAGCUACUCCACCGCCGCCAACACAACAGCCCGGUUUCCUCCCUCAGGGUCUUCUCGCCUCACAAACUUGGCCUGAUAUUUGCAUUUUGAUUGAUACUUCUGCUGAUUUUGCUGUGAACAAUACCGCGCUUAAUGAUCGGGGAUUUGAAGUGCUUCGAAUGUUCUUAAUCAACACCUUGAUUCGGUACAAGAUUGGUGACGAGUUCACGAGGAUCGCUCUUGUCACUUUUGAUGGAAAUGCUACGGCAGUAAUCAACUUCAAUACUUACUCCGAUUGGCCUUCUUUGUACAAAGGAUUGACAGAAGAUUGGCAAUACGGACCAUCGGCUAACCAUCAACCACAGAAAUCGAUUGAUGUUGCUCUCGACUUACUCCGAGAUGUCACCUACCAGCCAAAGAACGGAUUCCGGAACAAAGUGAACUUCCUCUGGGUGUUCACAACCGGAAACGAAAACCUGGUCGGCACCAAUUAUCAAGCUGCUUUAAACGGCUUGGGACAAGGAGGCGUCACCGUGAUGGGAAUUGGUCUCGGAAAUAUCGAGUCGAGCUUUAUGAAAACGAUUUCCUCAUCGUAUGUGAGAGUGACGAAUUACACGGAUCCAUUGAGCGGGAUGGCUUCACAAUUGGAUCUCGUCGGGCCGUUGCUGUACCAGACGUCGACCGGAAAGCAAGAACAACCCCCACCAUUCGCGUUUUUCAAAUCAGACGUCGUCAUUGCUAUUGAUCGAGAAAUGCCAACCGAUUUGUUCAACAAUGUGAAAGAUUUCCUUGGCACAUUUGUCCAGCAAUUCACCAUCGGAAAGGACAAUUCAAGAAUAGCGCUCGUUGUCUUUGACUCAACUGGGAUCACCACAGGAAUCCUGCAAAAUCAACAAUUCGAUCAAGCUAGUGUUCUCAACAAUAUCAAAUCACUUCAAGCAAAGGGUGGAACGACUUUUGGAAAUGGAAACUAUGACAAAGCAAUCGAUUUCAUUCUCGCCAACGUCAGCUCCACUGCCAAUGACAACAAACGACUUUCCGCUCCAAGUUUCGCAUUUUUCUUCACCGCAAACAACAAAAAUGAUCCUUUGGUUCAAAAUAAGAACUUGACAAUUCUCCACGAGCAAUAUGUUGUCCAAGUGCUUUGCCUCGACAACACGACAGUGCCAGACUUCGCGAAGAAGCUAGCCAGCAAGGAACAAUACGCUUAUCCUGUUGGUCUAAAUCUUGACGAUUGGUCGAUCCGGGUGACUGGCCAGCGAUCGCCAAUUCAAUCUUUCUUCACCGAUUUGCAAAUCACUCACCUUGAAUACUUGCAAGUGAACGACUUGUCGACGAGAGAUAUUGCAGCUGAUAUCACUUUGGUCUACGAUUUUGCGAAUCUCGAUAACGAUUUAUAUCAAAUAGUGCUCACUUAUUUGAAAGACUUUGUGAAGAAGUUUUCGAUCGGCGUUUUUGGCACCCAAAUCUCGGGAUUGUGUUUUGCUGACCAAAUCCUCUACGAGUUCCCGUUCAUGAAUUGUGAUGAAACGACGAGUUGCAUUGAGGAUGCGAUCAAUAAAUGGACGUUCAAAGCUGCCUCAAACUCGAGUCUCCUCGUUGAAGCACUCGAUCGGGUCGCUCAAAACCAAUUCACAAUCUCAAACAAUUGGCGUCAAUCAAAGAGCUAUGUACUCGUAUUUUCCGCUCAGAAUAAUACAACUUGGAAUCCAUCUGCCAUGUCACCAGUGCGCACGCGUUUGCAAAGCAAAAACGCGUUCACUUACUAUGUGGACAUGUCGAAUGGUGGCCUGCCGGAGGGAUACCGAAAACAGUUCUUCGACAACUAUGAGCAAGUGGAGAGUCCGAAGAACCUCAGCAAUCAGGCGGAUUCGGCUAUUACUACUGUAGUGACAUCAAAUUACCAAGGCUACAAAUACCCGCCACCACUUGGUCUCCAGGCGGUCAUCGCUGACUUCGUGUUCGUUGUUGAUUCUUCAGUUGAUCAAGUUUUCAACGAGAUUCGAACUCUUCUUCUUGAUCUUAUCACCCAACUGCCGAUUAGCAGCAUUGAGUCGAAAAUCUCCUUGCUUUCCUACAAUGAAAACGGAUUCAUCUCUGCGAACACAUUCCGCUUGGCCGAUUUCACAAACCCAACAUCGUUGAAGAAUUACCUGAAUGGAUUAACGCCAACAGCUCCAACAAACACAACCGAUUUUGGAGCAGCUCUCUCCUAUCUGAAUUCUAAUAUUUUGCAAAGAUCUGCAGGAUAUCGAGAGAAUCAAACUUUCGUCACUUUCUUCAAUGCGAAUCCAAAAUUGACAACCCCUCUCGACAACUAUGUUGACACAAUCUCUCAACUUCAAAACCGGCAAUUUGUCAGUUUUUACGGCUUUGACAUGGCUUCAAGCGAUUCAGCUGAUAGCGUUUAUUCUGCAUUGAGAAGAGUGAUUCCAAUAGUGAUGUCGGCUACGCAAAUCGUCAGAACAUCGACUGUAGCACCGACAUCAAGUGCGAUCAUCGGCGGAAAUGGAUACUACAGCUAUAUUUCAAACGUCUAUGGAGCCUACGCUCAGCAGCCCACCCCAGCACCGGUCACUCAAUUCACUCCAACUCCAACCAUCUCAACAACCAUCGGCCCACCAGACUUGUCGAACUCUUGGCCAUUGGAUCGAAUCAAGACCGAUCUUUUGUUCAUCAUUGAUCCAAACUUGAUGACUGAGCAAACUUUCAGUGAUAUAAAAUCCACCCUGUACGACUAUGCGGCUCAAUUCUUGAUCUCUCCCGAGCUGGGCUCUCAAUUUGGUGUCCUCUCCUUUGAUGGCACCAAUGAAUUCAACUCAUUCCGGUUCUCAGCUUCGACAGAUCUUGACGCAUUGCAAUCACUGAUCACCGGAUUUAUGCCAGUGGCUGAAACCCGACCAACUUUUGCAUUGGCUGCAAACCUCAAUCGUGCCAUUACACGAUAUUUCGCUAAUGAUGGUGGAUAUCGAGGGAACAGUGCCACUUUAGCGAUUUUGACUGGGAAUACAACAAUAGAUGAAUCGUGUUCAGAGCUGAGACAAGCUGCUCUUGGUUUCCCGAUUGAGACUUUGCUCUUUGGCUUGUCAUUGUAUGGAGAAGCAAGCUUCUCAAUCCUUGAGUGCGCUGUUUCUCAAAUCGUGGCCACGAAUGAAAUGCUGAGCUUGAAUGUGAAUGAGGAUGCAAUGAAACGGCUUUCCAUGGCUGUUUCUAAAAACUUUGAAUCCUCAAUUCCCCCUUAUCCAACCGUGAGCCCAGUUGAUCCAGUUGAGACAAAGAUAGACGUUGUCUUCAUUAUGGAUGUGCUGGAGAUGACUGAUGACCAAUUUAACGAUGCUAAACUCUUCAUGCGGAAACUUGUCGGAUCCUACUCAAUCAUGAAUGACACCACCGGGAUGCAGUUCUCUGUGAUGACCUAUUCGGCAACUCCUCAAUCAAAUGUCACUCAGAUCUACGAUUCAUUCACUUUCUUGCAAUCUCAAUCUAUGACUCAACUUCGAACAGCCAUUGAUGGCCUUGUAAAGUCAACCGAUGCGACACCACUGGGAAUUGAAAGAAUGUUUUCAACUGCUAUCACGAUGACUCUGGGCGUCGAUCAAGGACAUUUUGUGUAUAAACCGAUUUCUUUCAUCGUACUUGGAAGCCGGAAUCAAUGGGAUAAUGAAAAAAUGUCCAAGUAUCGAGCCGCUUUCCCAAUCUACAGCAUCGAUGUCAGCAAUAAAGGUGCAAUUUCUUGGCUUUCCUAUCUCUCAACACCGGAGAAUCUCUAUCGAGCACAGGGAAUUCUUGCAAAUGAUGAUCUCUUGACGAGGAAUGUACAAGGAUUCUUGUCACAGGCUUAUUUCAACAAUUUGUUCACUCAACCACUGCCAUCAAAAUCUGUUUCCACGGACGUUUACUUCAUAAUUGAUUCUAGCAACAGUUUUGACGCAAACAGCAAGUCAAAUCUAAUCAACUCACUGAUUUCAUUCACAAAUCUCUACAAUCUCGCUUUCACCCGUUUUGGAUUCCUCUUCUAUGGACAAAGCAAUUCACAGGCGAUCAAUUUUGACUCAUACAAGAGUUUUGAUGGAUUGGCUUUGAAGCUGAAUGAGACAAUUCUUGGAUUGAAUACUACUGAUUCAAGUUUCGAUCUUCAAGGAGCUUUCAAUGCGGCUAGUAACUAUUUGAGUGGGGAAAUUUCUUCGAGAGGAGGACCUGUUGUGGUGACGAUUGCGUUUACUGAUUCCGUCACUUGUCCAACGAAUACCACUAACUUUCCUCCAGACACGAUUCAUUUUGUGAUCAAGAGCGGGAAGUAUCAACCUUGGCUCGAAUGCAUUGCGUCUGCUGAAUGGGAUUUAGCCAUCAUUCAAAAUGGAAACUUCCAAAACGAUUAUCAAACGGGAAGACUUGUGGCAACUGUUUCAAGAGCUGCAAGAUACAUUGUUGAUGAAGCGAUUUUGACGGGAAAUCCACUCAACAACGCGAAACCAAAAGAUCUCUUCGUGUUGGCGGAUUUCACCUAUUUCUCCAAGAAUCUUGACAUCAACAGAAUGAGAGCGGUGAAUGCCUUCACCCCAACGAACAAGAUCGUUUUCGAUUUGAAUGGACUGAUGCAAGCUCUCUUGACAAGUGCUGAUUUCAUGGAUGAUUCACCACAUCCAAAAGUGGUGAUUCUUGUGAUGAGCUCACCGGAGUUCACAAAGAUCGAUUCAAAUACGGCAAGUGCUCUAAGAUCGAAAGCCUCUGUCUUUGGAAUCAGUGCCGUUUCGGACGCGGCUCAUUUGGACGAAAUCUUGAGACUAAACGGGGGAAGCACAUUGCAAUACUGGCAACAAGUCUACUCACCAGAUCCUGUGGCAGAUAGGGAUUUGGGUCUUCUAAUCGCUAACUUGGCAGCCGGUCUCACCGUUCCUCAAGCCUAUCCACCAACUCAAAUCCAAGCCGAUUACCUCUUUGUCCUUGACGGAACAACAGAAAUGGAAAGCUCUUUCAACAAGAGCAUUGACUUGAUCCGAGCUUUUGCUAGCAAGCUCUCGAUUUUCCCUGGUCAAUCUCGAGUCGGAGUGCUUUCUUACGGAAAUGACACCUGGCAAGAAGGAUUCUCCCAGAGAGAUGCACAGGAUUUAACCGAAUUGACAAAUUUCUUGAACAGUCAGACGCCGAUCAACGCCGCUUUCACUUCAUGGAAUGCUGUCGGAGCUUUGAGAUCGAUCUCAGACUCUUUCUAUGACAAUCGACUCACUUUUGUCUAUAUUUUGGCUGCAACACCUAAUUUCGGGACGGACUGUGCUGGUUUGAGUCAAAUUACCUUGAAAACGAACAUGGCUCUUCGUGGAAUCUCCUUUGGAUCCUCGCAAACUGUUGACUCGUUGAGAUGUGUUGUUGGCAGUGGGCUGGAUGAUGUGCUUGUUUAUCCAGCAAACACCUCUCUCGUUCCAGCACGCUUUCUUAAUCUCGCAGCAGCUCCAGGCAUUGAUAUUGUGGAUCGUUUCUUGCAGAAAGAUGCAACAGAGUACGAAAAGAUCGUCAACUCGAUGACUCCAUCAAGUCCGAUCAGCAUUUCGCAAGCUUACCAGCCAGUGACAAUCUAUUAUGAAGUGUCAGCUUGGAUCGAUGAAACCACUUUCAACCAAACAAAAGAUUUCAUUCUCGCUGUUUACAAUGCCAUUCCUUCACCCAAUGCUCCUACUCCGAGGCUUCAACUUUGCGAGAUCGAUCCCUGGAAACUCUGCUUUGGUGUAAACGCGGAAGAUGAUAUUAUUUCAAUGAACUACACAGCAAGCAACAACACCAACAUUCAAUUCAGUCCCGACAAUACUUCGUCAGUCGAGUCACUGAAAUGGCGAUUGGACCUAUCCGCGACAUCGAUUUUCUUGGCUGGCAGUCCAGGUGCAACAGGCAUGACUGAAGAUUACAUUCGAGCGAUCAGGGGACAAGGAAAUGUGAUCGCCGUUGAUUUGUUGGGACUUGGUGCUUCAACUGCUUAUCUCAAUCGGCUUGUAAGCAAACCUUCUUAUCUUCGCAAAUCUUAUGAAGAAGAAACAACGCAAACACUGAAUUGGGUAUACGAGGCUAUCACGACAGACUAUGAAGCAAGCCGCGCCUUGCUCACGUCUCUAUCAACACUGAAAAGUGAUGUCAUUUUGAUGCUCGACGUCUCAUCAGUGGUCACUAAUCAGUUCUUCGACAAUUCGUUGAUCCCAUCUGCUCACUAUUUGAUUAGCAAGUAUAUAGCCAACAUUCGAUUCGGUGUCUAUUUUGCAUACAAUAAGACUGGGAAUCCAUUCUUGCCUUUUGAUACAAAUAAUGUGCUGGGAUCGGUGGCAAAUUCGACUUAUGCUGGACCAGGGACAGCGACUUUUGAUGUUGUCGAAUCAACCACCGAUGCAUUCAGUCGAACGGCCCCUACAGGUGCCUAUUCGUUUGUGUAUCUCACAUUGAAUCCAGAUGGAAACUACACUGAUUGUUUGAUGAGCGCGUACUCGAAGACUGCAGUCUUUUACUUUGAUUUCAACAAUUUGCCGCCAUGGACGAAUUGUGCAACAUCCAGUGAAAGAGUCGCUUAUUUGAAUGAAACUUUUGCCCCACCGGUGACAACGACACGGCCACUCACGACAGAUAUUCAAAAUGUCAUGGAUAUGACUCUGGGAAGAGCCAACUUUGAUUACUUCUUGACUUUACGCCAGCGAACCCUGCGGGCCAACCUUUCCUUUUCACCGACGGAUCUGAUUGUUGUAAUGGAUGCGAACUCAAUGCUUUCUGAGGGAUUCACUCAAAGUAUGAUUUACUAUCUCGGGAAACUUGUAGCGCUUUUCGACAAUGUGCAAGCGGGAGCGCUUCGGUUUGGCUUUGUCUUUGCCGGCUCGGAACCGAUUGUGAUGUCGUAUUUGAAUCAAACUGAUGACAUUGAUGGACUCUUGGCGAAUAUCACAAAACCCUCAAUGUUCGUUGAUGCGAGAACGAAUCUCAAGUUGACCCUUGAUUUUGUGCAAGAUCAAAUGCUCAAGCCGGAGAAUGGACGACGAGAGGGGGUGUCGGCUGUGAUCUUGGUGAUGUUACAGAAUGAGAACAUCCUUGCCUCCGAUAUGUUGAACUCGACAGAAAUCGCAAUACUCAAUCAAAAUGCUAACAUCUUUGGCAUGAACAUUUAUGGAAGUCGAUCAGUGGCCAACACUUUGAUGGCACUGACAAUGAAGAAUUUGAAAGCAUACGACGUAAUCUGGGACGAGUAUUACUUGAAAAGCUUGUACGAGAUGAAUGCCUUGUCGCAGAUCUCAAAUUUCAUCUACGAUGUCGCGAUAAUUCCGACAUCAACAAGUGUCGAGAAGUCUUCAAUAAGCACUCAAAGUUUUGCAUCUGAAUCAACGACAACAGGAACAACGGGAACAGAAACAACGGGAACAGAAACAACGGGAACAGAAACAACGGGAACAGGACCCACAACUACAAUUUCCGCAACUAACACAAUGGAAACAAAGUCCGACUCACUUACAAGCAGAAAUAUUGACAUCAUUUUCUUGUUAGACACCUCUGCCUACGCUCAACCAUACUUUGAUGAUUACAUUCAAUUUGUGAAAACGUUUUUGACGGGUUUCACAGUGAGUGCGGAGCGCACGAGAAUCGGUUUCGUUACUGUACCUGGAGACGAUUUUGCCACGUUCCCUUUUGCACCACUUGGAGGAAUCGAUAACUCGGAAGUUGCUUUUAAAGCUCUGGACGAUAUUAAGAACUUCUUUGCUGACUUUGACGAUUCUGGGCAAUUCGCUGGAGCAGCCCUUGAUACCGUAAGACAAGAAUAUACCAUCCAGGCAAACGGAUAUCGAACACAAAUCAACAAUCAUUGGAUCAUCUACCUAACUUCAGCUCCAACUAUGACUGAUCAAGCUGAUGCUAUCAGUAAUGCAAACUUCUUGAAAUCCGGCAUUUACUACUCGAUAAUUGGAAUUGCUUAUGGAGAGAAUGUUAUGGAUCGAGCUGCAUUGAUGACAAUAACCGGCGAUUUUGGUGAUCAUUGGAUAAAAGAUUGCGGCGGUGAAACCUUUGUUGUCACUCAAGGAUUUCGAUCAGCCUUUGAGCAAAUGGACGAAAAUUUUAAUGUUGACAAAGCCAUUUUUUGUGAUGACGUCAUCAAAUUCGAUCUUCAAUUCACGUUGAAUUACCUUCUCAACGGACAACUAACACUUUAUGGCUUUGAGCCAGAUCAAAUGUACUCAGAAAAUGGCUGGACUCUCAAUGCAACAUGUUCUGUUCCGCUUCCAGCUGUUUUUCAACUUUAUGGAAUUGAUCAAGCUUAUAUCUCCUGGAAUCGCGAUGACGACGACUUGACAAACGGUUUUUUGGCAAGAAUCGAAGUUUUUCGGUCGGAUGGUCGAAUGAAGCGCGUCGAUGAGCCCAUCAAUUUUUGUGACUUCACGACAUUGCCCACAAAAGUCUCUGCAUCUUCAGAAGAAUUUUCCCUUUCCGUAACCCACUCAACAAUUCAAGCGAUCACAAAUACCCUUCCACAAGAACUUUUCCCUGCUUUACCCCUAUUUUUUGUGCUUCUCGUUGUUAACUUUUUCAAUCAA